CGAGCGGACGGGACUGCGGGGCAAAUAAAAGAACUGCGGGGCAAAUAAAAGAACUGCGGAAUGGAGCCAGAGCAGCAGGAGUUCACCCACCUCCGGACAGCUUUAAAUCACUAAAUAAUACACGGACAGGUCUGUGUGAAGUGUGGACGCGGUUAUAUAACAAUAACACGCAGGGAGGAGAAGAAAUAAGAACGUAGAGAAGCAUCACCGGACUGUUCUGGGCUGGAUUCUGGAUCGGUUCGGUUGUUCCUCCAGCUCACCGGCGGGUCGGACAGCGGCUUUGUGAGCCCACUGAGCGGGCUGAGCCCGUGUACCGGAGCCCGGACUGAAGCUGGAGCUCGGGGGAUGUUGUCCGUGCUCUCAUACGGAAGGUUUCUGGCCCGGGCUGUCAUCGGCGGCCUUUCCCAAACAGACAGCCGCGAUUACAGCCUGGUAUCCGCUAGCUUUGGAUAUGGGAAGGAUUUUAGAAAGGGGAUUUUAAAGAAAGGCAUGUGUUACGGCGAUGAUGCCUGUUUUAUUGCCCGACACAGAUCCGCCGAUGUUUUGGGUGUGGCCGAUGGAGUGGGUGGCUGGCGGGACUAUGGUGUCGAUCCCUCUUUGUUUUCUGGAACCCUCAUGAGGACGUGCGAAAGGCUGGUCAAGGAAGGCCGCUUUGUGCCAAGCAAUCCAGUAGGAAUCCUAACCACCAGCUACUAUGAGCUCCUCCAGAAUAAAGCACCUCUGUUAGGAAGCAGCACAGCGUGUAUAGUGAUGCUGGACAGACAAAGCCAUCGACUCCACACGGCUAACUUGGGCGAUUCAGGUUUUCUGGUUGUUCGGGGAGGAGAAGUGGUGCACAGAUCUGAUGAGCAGCAGCACUAUUUCAACACCCCUUUCCAGCUUUCGAUUGCUCCACCAGAGGCGGAGGGCUCAGUUCUUAAUGACAGCCCUGAAGCUGCCGACAGCUCAUCAUUUGAUGUCCAGCUAGGAGACAUCAUCCUCACAGCCACAGAUGGACUCUUUGACAACAUGCCAGACUACAUGAUUCUACAAGAACUAAAAAAACUCAAGAACGCCAAUUACGAGAGCAUCCAGCAGACAGCCAAGAGUAUUGCGGAGCAAGCCCAUGUUUUAGCAUACGACCCCAAUUACAUGUCACCGUUUGCACAGUUUGCUUGUGAUAAUGGAUUAAACGUAAGAGGAGGAAAGCCAGACGACAUCACAGUUCUGCUGUCGAUCGUUGCGGAGUACACGGACUGAUGUGACUUGCAACUGCUGUCUUGUUCACCACCAUGGUCAGUGCCUCCUGCUGGCAGCACAGGGGUGCAUUAUUUCUGCUUCGGCAAGGACCAAACGUUAAACCUCUACUCCACAUUUUAGCAGGAUUUGUUUUACUCUUAGUUUUGACUUUUUCCUUCAGCACCGGUUGGAGGUUGGAGAGGAAUCGAUGGUUCAUCCUGAUUUGAACUCAUUUUAAUGACGUGGUGAGAAACCUUUCUAUUGAGGUGGACUUAAUGAGGGCCAGUGCAUCUUACAGUGCUCUGAUUCAGGGAUGGUAACAUAUCAUUACAAGCAAUGAUAAUAACAGUGCAGGAAAAGUUGGUUUAAUUGUCAGUCCAACAGAAUCAAGAUCUUUAGAAUUUGAUGUUUGAUGGGAGAUUAAAACAUUAGCACAUGGAAAGACCUGCGCAAAAGGUACAGACUCUUCAAAGCAGGAAGGUUGGAGGGGUAAACGUCAAGCAGAUGUUUGAAAUUGUAGAAAUUGAACAAUCGUGUCAAUACUGUCUGAUUUUAUGAGGUCAGGGCUGUAAAUGUUAAUGCCACAAACAUGGCACACCCAAGUGUGACACAUCCAGGAAUUGUCUAAUAAUAAUAAACCACAAACCAGAUUUCUAUCCUAUUAGAAAUAAUGUUUAACUCAGUCUUUUUUAAAUCACCUACUCUCUGUCCUAAUCUAAAUGUAAUAAAUGUGCUCACUGAUCAGAAGUUAUAGUUAAUAGUAGGUGAAGAUCACACUGUUUUCACCUCCCAAAAACAAUCACCUGAAAUGAAAUGAUUCGUUUGGAUGUUUAAUAUGAGCCCAUCGUAUAGAGCUGUAUUAAUGCUCAAUAACACAUGAAUGUAACCUCUAUUUCCUCGGCUGCUCCCGUUAGGGGUCGCCGGCGGAUCGAGAUCAGCAUUAUUGAUUCGGCACAGUUUUUACGCCGGAUGCCCUUCCUGACACGACGCUCCCUAUUUAUCCGGGCUUGGGACCGGCACUACGAUGCACUGGUUUAUGCAUCCUAGCGGCUCGGUACCUAUAGGACAAUUCAGUGUCUCCAAUUAGCCUGGCUGCAUGUUUUUGUACUGUGGGAGGAAACCGGAGCACCUGGAGGAAACCCCAAACAGACACGGGGAGAACAUGCAAACUCCGAACAGAAAAGAACCCGGACCGUCCCACCUGAGGAUCGAAGCCAGGACCUUCUUGCUGUGAGGUGACGGUGCUACCCACUUAGCCACCGUGCCGCCCCGUCAUGAAUGUAACCAACAUGACGUUAAAAUCAUAAUAGGCGCCCAGGUGGCGCACCAAGAUUCUGAACUCCUCGGUCGAAAACUCGCCGUUGCCACCGGUCAGCUGGGCGCCAUUUAGCGGGCAUAAUUGGCACGUUUCUGCUAAGGCGGGAUGACCGGACUAUGUGGGUCUUCAAAUGCCAUGUUUGUGGCAUUCAAAUGUAAUAAAUGUGCACUCAUCAGACGUUAUAGUUAAUAGUAGGUGAACAUCACACUGUUUUCACUUCCCAAAAACAAUCACCUGAAAUGAAAUGAUUCGUUUGGAUGUUUAACAUGAGCCCAUCGUAUAGAGCUGUAUUAAUGCUCAAUAACACAUUUAAAGAUCCAGGGAAAAGGGAUUUUGCACAACAAAUUAAAAGAGAUUUUGUAUUGCGUAUAUUUAAAUGUUUUGGUUUACCUGUGACGUUUUUAAAAUGUUCAUUUCAUGUCAAUUAUAUCAAUUUCUUUAACCUUGUCAGGGUUGCAGUGGGCCCAGUUCCCACAGGAAACGCUGAGCGCAUGGCAGGAAUACCCUGUACAGGGCGCCAAUCCGUGGCAGGGCUUCGGCCAUCCCUUCCCUCCCACCUCAGACAUCAUGUCAAUUUAGAAGCCCAGCCACCCGAUAGCACCGCUGAGGUUCGUACCCAGACCUCGGUGGUGGUGGGCUAGCGUAAUACACCCAUGUGCCACCCGAAUGCCCCUUAUUGAAAGAAUUAAAACAGUUAUAAUGUUAGAAUGAUCGCAACAGUUAGGAAAACACAUGUUCACUUCAGGUGUUCACGUGGCUCUGUAUGUGCGUGAGUGGAUUCGAGUUGGACGGAUGAACUGGGAUGUUCAACCUUGCUGUAUAUUUAUGUAUGAUGUAUGAUGUAUGCAUUUGACGAGUCUAGGCUAUUACAUGUCAGAUACUGGAUAUGAAAAUAACCUAUAUUUGAUAAGUGGUAACGUCCUGUGAUCAUGUUUUUUGCUAGGCUUUUUUUUGUAAACUUAAUUUCAAAUAUCCCUUGAUGUGUAUACUGUUAACGCACAAGGCUAAUGUUAGCAUCUAUGAAUGCUUCAAAUGGAUGUCAUGUGUCAUGUAAUAAAGGUCUAUUUUUUUAA